AUGCAUGCCGCCAUCGACAUGCAGACAGGUGACCCCACUGCUGGAAGAAGAGAACCUGCUGAAGAGCAGCAGUCUCUGAUCGACAGAAAUACGGGUCAUCAGAGGAUUCUCCACAUAGGUGAAGAGGCUUGGAAUCGGCCCAUACAUGCUCGGUUUCCCCUGCUCUGGAGCUCUGUCUUCCAGAUUGUCGUUGGGAUUGUGCUCAUCAUGGUCUGUGCCUCGGCCAUAGCUUCGGCCGGGGUACGACAUCAACCGGCUCGAUCACGUGGAUCUAGAGUCAGCCUGAACGAGCUUGCUGUUGCAAGCGUCAGUGGACAUUCAGCUCCUUCCACCACAGCUUGCCGUCAAGGGUUACAAAGCUAUCCCAUCAAGGCGGUCCUGCACAACAACUUGGCAGGCAAAGGACCUGAUGGUGGCAGUGAGGGGCUGGUGUUCUUGGUGAGCCAACGGUCGCACGGAGUUGACGUACGAGAUUUGAAAAUCUCACUGCACGCUCUGAGCCCGUACCAUCCGGCGCAUCCUCACUGGAAUGGCUUAGAGGGGGAGUUCGCUUCCAUCAACCAGUUUGGGGGUCGGGUGCUUCGAGUACGAAUCCAUGUUUCGGAUGUUGCAGACAGGCCUGUUCGCUUAGAUUAUCUCCCAAUCUUCAUCUGCGACCUCGAGACAGAUUCGGUCGCUUUGAGGGAGUAUGUGUGGGCAUAUGGACCUCACCAGGCAUACUGGUCCCCAGAAACAGAGAUUGGUCUUGACACGAGGGGGAAUAUCACAGAAUACUGGCAGCAGGUCGUCUCUGCCGAGCAUUCUGGACCAGAUCUGGGCCCCGACAAUCCGACCUAUGUCCGGGAGCUCACUGCCAGUCAGCUGCGUAGGACGGUGACGCUGGUGUACCGACAUGCUGGCGAGAUAGAGCUGGCAUUUGGAUCUGAAGCACCAGCAGAUGUUACUCGAACAUUCUUCUUCGCCUUUGUGGCUUUGGACGGAUGUGACAUGGAGUUGGUGACGUCUAGCACUUUAUCUACCACCGCAACCCAAUCUACAAUCACCAGCACAACUCCAACUACCAGUUCUGCAACAAGGGCAAGUUCAACUCUAACUACCUCAACGGCCUCCACGAGAACAUCGAGUCACACUACGUCGACGCGAACCUCGGCGACAUUCACCAGCACCACGGCGACUGCCGUGUUUGGCAUUCCGUUGUUCGCACCACCAGGUGAACUGCGUUGGUGGCAUGGUCUCAGGGAGCUGUCCCGCCUCAAGCGAGCAACUCUUUAUUCUGUCGCUUUGCUCGGGCUGGUGCUACUCUUAGUGCUCUACUGGCUUUGUUGGGCCUGCCGCGCCCGGGAAGAGACAGGCAAGUCGAAUAGCAAAGCAUUGAGGAUGCAGGCGCUGAAGUGGCUGGUAGACUCAGUAAAGCUCCAGGUUGACCUGGAGAGCGGCGUCACCUUCUUCCUUGCAGGCCCUCAAGGCAAGCAAUCGCCAGAGCUUCCAGCCUGGUUGCCCCCGAAGCGCACAGCACCCCGUGAUCUGUCCGAAGGAGCCAGUGCUGGCUCGCAGGGAGGCUUGCGGCAACUGAUACCGGAGCUUCUGCCAGGGGCACUUUAUUGCCUAGACGAUGGCGAGGCAGAGAUCCGUCGAAACGCUGCUGAGGCCAAUGCCAUGCUGCUGCAGGAGACCUUGAAGCUUGAGAGUGACUUGCCUGUCGAGCAGAUGGCGAGCGCGGUCAUCUGUGCGAUGUCUGACGUGGGCGGACAGGAACGCAGCAGAGAAGUCUUGCUGAAGUGCCUGGGUUGGGCUGAUACACUCUUGGACAAGUGCCCUGCGCGAGUGGUGGAACCUGAGGUCCGAGGCAAAUUUUUCGAAGCGGCGGAGAAGGCUUUGUUGCGUGAGGAGGAGGAGGUGGCCUCCACGGCAUUACGUUUUAUGGCGCAGUUGGCGUCCACGGCGGAGACGCUGGGAAAAGGUGACGAUCUGGUUGGCCAUAUGUGCGAAAGACUCUUCGACCUCAUGAAAAAGCAGCAGAGUCUACUCACGCGUAGAGGUGAGCUCAUCAUCCGGUUGAUGUGCAAACGUGUAGACGCCAAGCGAUUCUUCGCCACAGCUGCUAAGACGCUCGAAACCAUAGAGGACCCACCCUUUGCACGAAACCUCGUGCAGGUUCUGAAUCGUGGUCUGCUGACUGGUCCAGAGACUCAAAAGUUUCGUGCUCAGCUCCGCGCAGAGUCCAGUGGCCAAGUCGCUUCGGCAAGCUUUCCGAUGAUUCUGAUGAAGUCGUGGCUGUGUUGCCCUGUCAGUUCGCUGGCGCUUAGCUUCUGGAUGAACUGGUACGAGCUCGCUGCACAGUUGGCCACGAGGCUUGCCACGAUGCAGCGAACAGAGGAGAUUGAGGAGCAGCUCAAGCACUUCGUCGAGCUGUUGGAGUCUCCGGUCUUCAGCGACGUACGGCUGCAGCUGCUGACCAGGCGGCGGCCAGCGCUUCUCCGUGCGGUGCUUCGCCUCGCAGCACUGCUUCCGCAGGAGAGGGCUCUGCAGCGCCGUUUGCAAGUGGUCGAGACGGGACUUCUGCUUGACCGUGUAACAGCCUUGCGAAAGCCAUUGAUGCGGCAGAGCUGCACCGCGGAGGCAGAAGAGCUGUUGGCCAGCUUCGAUCGUGUGACUGUGGAACAUCGCUGGAAAGAUUGUAUUUUGUAG